AUGGGGCCGAGAAACGAGUUAGCGCUGAAUACGGCUGGUCGUCGAAGGAUCGAGACACAAGUCAUGAUGACACUUCUAACCUGCGUAAUGGACGGCUUUGCCACGCCCUCCUGUUGGUGCUCGCCUCCAGCUGCGCCGCCUCCGUGUAUGGGGCCGAGAUACCGAGCUUACCUGAUAUCUGGCUGGUCGUCGAGGAUUCGUACGACUCCAAUGUCAUGGUGGACCUUUCCUGACCUGAAAGUAGGCGCCAGCAUGGUCGUGGACGAGCUGUACGACAUCGACGAGGAGCAAGGCGCUUUGGUGACGACCGACCAUGGCAAGAUCACCAAGACGAAUUAUUACACGAAGUCCAGCCAGACGUUCGUGGUGAGCGGCACGGAUUGCGAAGUGGGAGGCCUGGUCGACCACAAGGGGUACCACCUCUGGGGUUGGCAUUACGUGAGCGACGACCCCAACGGCAAAAAGAAUUUCCUGUAUGGCCCUUCGGCGCUCCUGAGGUUGGUCCGGGAUUACUCGAUCCAGAUGGAAUACAGAGGCAUAGUCGAAGUUCGUGGCAUUAUGGCGGACCACUGGUUCGUUCAGACGAGGGAUAAUUACACGCUUGAUUACUACUUCGCCGUCGACGAGUGGCAGAUGCCCUACGGACACUCUCUGGAUGGGAUUGACUUGAAGGCGCCGCUGCAGGUGAAGGUACACGGUCUGCAAGACGACCCUUGGGACGACUCUGUCCCGAGCUUUCUACAAGACGUCGUGUAUGACUUCAUUGUGUUCAAGCCUUACGUGGAUGUCUCAAGGAGGAGGAUGUACCUGGUGGAGAGCGGCCUCGAUUGCAAGAACCGCGUGACGAUGGACCCCGAUAAGCUGGACCCCCCCACCCCCCCGAACAAGUUUCAGGUCUUCCUCGAGAGCGUCGUGAACCUGAAGGGCAGCCAGGCACAGGCCGCCCCUCUGAUUUUCAGGUCUUGGAUGUACUACGACACCAACACACAACUCCUGCGUCUUGAUAUCAACCCCGAUAUGGAUGCCGAUGAGCCUGUUUCUGCCUAUAAAAGCAUCCACGAUUACAACACAGGCAUUCACUACAAGAUCGAUCUCGUAUCCGGACAGUGUGACAUGAUGGCGCUGGGUGCUGAUGACUUUGGCAACACUGUGGGUGAUCCCGUGUUGGGGGAUGUCAUCAUGGCCGAUCCGAACCAGCUGUUCCAUCUGGAUGAAAAAUACAUCUUCUCAGGCUACGGCGAGACCCGCGGCAUCAAGACUUCGCGCUGGUCCUCGACGCGAGAUGACAUCCGAAAUCCCGAGACAGGAGAGAACUUCAAAGUGGCUGUCGUCGACUACCAGUUCCUCACCGAGGACAUGGCAGACAUCGGGGAACAGAAGGGACGACCUCUCCCGGUACGACUGGACGUGACGAUCUACCGGGACGACAACGCCAGCGCCAUUCUCUCUCUGUACACCGUCAACCUCCUUCACAUGCAAACCUCCUUCCUCAGCACCAAUUUCAACCCAUUCGACGUGAGAGAGUGCAUGGAUAUCCCCUCACAGCGCACCUGGCUGAAGAUGACGUAUACAGGUAUUUGGGAGCACGGAGCCUCACAAAAACCGGACGAGUUUAAGAGAAUUUUACUCGAGCAGAUCCAAGGAGGCACGGAUGUUUCUCCUGUUAGGUUACCGGAAGUGCAGCUGGACCACGACCAGGAAUUAGUGUUUGCCACCGUGUUGUUGCUGGAGCCGGCGCCUUACCACCUGCAGUUCAAAAAGCUCGAGGAUAGGAAACCCACUGAUGAUGAUACACAGCUAACCACGACGAUUGCGGAUGACGACCUGUGUGCUAGCGACUGCCUGCGUUAUUCGAAAUUCCAGUGCAAGUCCUUCUACCAGUGCUCAGGCCUCGGCAGGAACUGUUUCGUCAGCAACUACGUCAACUCCGGAGGUAGCGACUUCCCUGUCAGCAAGGCCUGCAAGCACUACAAGCGAGCUGAGAUCAAGAACACCAAGUUCCAGAAACCCAACUGGGAGGUCGUCGACUGGAUCAUGACAAACGUGGCGGAAGGGAAGAUGCACAUUCAGCUCACUUACACCGAUCAUGACGGCAUUGAGCACGAUGGCAUGUACAACGCAGUCGGCGCCGAAGAGGAACUUCUCGGCGACGACCCCAUCUUAGUGGACUUGGUCAGGAACGACUUCCACGUGGCUUAUAAACAGGGCUAUCUCAAGGCCAAGUACACGGAGCUGAAGUUGCCGAAGACCAGCUACGCCCUCUGCAUCGCCGCCUGCGAGAAGCAAAUGGGCUUCCGAUGCGAGACGCUCUCCUACUGCUACGGCGCCGGCACCUGCUACUCGCCUCCAACAGUGGUCGAGCACGCCUCGUGCAAGAGGCUGGACGUUAUAGCAAAGGACUGGAGAUGA